CAUUCCUCGUCAACCUCCUUACAUGAAGUACCGAGAAACCAUACCCGCCAAAAUCCGGGAAUGGCGGUAAUUACGAAAGGAAAUUUUUGUGAUUUGAAUUGUAACUGAUUUUGCUGAUAUCUAUCAAUCAUAGAUCCACGAAAAACAUCGGUACCAAAAGAGUGGAAUAAAAUGUAAACUUUAGAAGGAAGAAUCAUCUUGAUGCCAAACUUGAGGGUUUCUCUAAAGUAUGAAGAAAUUUGAACUCCAGUGUAAUGCCAAAGUCAAGUCAAAGUCAGGCAACAUUGUUCCAGACAUGGGGGUACUCAGGAAAUACCCACACAGAGCCAUUACAACAUCCUGAAAAUAAAAUCUCCAAAAAGAAGGAGAAAUGUGAAUCAAAAAAAGGAAAGUCUGCGGGACAAGCUGGGAACAGAAGUCUGAUAGAAAAGAAGACAGAAACAGAAAAAGAUAAUAUUGCAGAAUGUUUAGAAAAUGAUGAUGUAAUAGAACUCUGUGAGGCUAUAGAAAAAACAAAUAAGGACACAUUUCUUGAUAAAAAUCACAAUCCAAAUUGCACUCCAGAAAACUUACCAGGUUUUGAUUCUUCUUCUGGACAUAACUACAUCUAUCCAAUAAAUUACCCAAUAAGAGAGUAUCAAUUUAGAAUUAUAAAGGAAGCACUAGUUCAGAAUACACUUGUUGUUUUACCAACUGGCCUAGGAAAGACAUUUAUUGCUGCUGUUGUGAUGUAUAACUUCUAUAGGUGGUAUCCUCGAGGCAAAAUUUUGUUCAUGGCUCCAACCAAGCCUCUUGUUGCACAGCAGAUUGAAGCAUGUUAUAGUAUAACUGGCACACCCCCUGAGGAUACUGCUGAAAUGACAGGAGCAAUGCCUCCAGCAAGGAGGAAGGUACUGUGGGAAACAAGAAGAGUUUUCUUCCUUACCCCUCAUAUUUUGCAAAACGACCUUGGUAGAGGAACAUGCAGUGCUGAAGAUAUCAUCUGCUUGGUCUUUGAUGAAGCACACAAAGCUCUUGGCAACUAUGCGUAUUGUCAGGUGAUAAAAGAAGUGGCUGGUGUUAAGAGCAAUUUUCGUGUGCUUGCACUUAGUGCUACUCCUGGUGGAGAUAUGAAUGCUGUGCAGCAAGUUGUCACCAACCUCAUGAUUUCACAGGUUGAACUUAGAAGCGAGGAGUCAGAUGAUAUAAAGCCGUACGUAUUUGGCAGAAAUGUUGAAAAGAUUGUUGUCCCACUCAGCAGUGAGCUGAAGGAAGCCAAAGCAGAGUUUUUAAAGGUUCUUGAAUGCAUAGUUCAGCGACUCUGCACUCAAGGUGUGUGCUGGCAACAUGACGCAGGAAAAAUUUCCAAAUUCUUCUUGUUGAAAGCAAGAGACCAAUUUCGUGCACGUGGCCUGGAAGAUAGAAAUCGAGUUGGGCUGAUUGAAGGCGACUUUGCUCUAGCCAUCUCUCUGUACCAUGCAUAUGAGUUACUACAGCAGCAUGGGAUUCUUUCAUUUUAUAAUUUCAUAAAAGAAGUUUAUUGUGGUACAAAGGGGACUGCACGAUGUCGCACUGAGUUAAUGAAGCAUGAAAAGUUUAUGGAGAUGAUGAACGGCCUUCAGCAGCGCAUAGAACCACCUGAUGAUGCAGAUGUGUCUCUGAAUGGGUCGUUCUUUGAGUCGCUGACACCAAAAAGACGCUUAUUGAAAUCGAUACCAAAGCCGAACUCGUUGUUUUCAAGCCACCCUAAGCUGCAAAAGCUAGAAGAGAUUGUCGUGGACCAUUUCGAGAAGAGCAAGGAGAAGGAGCCAAUACAUUCCAGCCAAACACCGUUGAACACAAGAAUAAUGAUAUUUUCUCAAUACAGAGACAGUGUUCAAGAAAUUACCGCGGUAUUGAGCAAGCAUCAGCCGCUUGUCAAUGUUAUGUCGUUCGUUGGGCAAAAUGGCGCUGGUAAGGGCAAAAAAGGAUUGACUCAAAAAGAACAGUUAGAGGUCAUUGAAAGGUUCAGAAAAGGAGGGUACAACGUACUUGUGUCAACUUCAGUUGGAGAAGAAGGCUUGGAUAUUGGUGAUAUAGAUCUUAUAAUAUGUUUUGAUGCUUCGAAUUCACCAAUUCGUCUUGUACAAAGAAUGGGCAGAACUGGAAGGAAACGGGCUGGAAAAAUUAUCAUUUUAGUCACUGAGGGUAAAGAAGACCAGAUAUACAAAAGGAGUUUAGUGAAUAAGAAAAGCAUUCACAAAAAGCUAGCAGAUGCAGGGAACUCGCUGGUUUUGUUUGACGAAAACCCUAGGAUGAUACCCAAGCAGUUGAACCCUUUUUGCCUGAAAAUGCAAUUCACUGUUAAACCGAAGCAGACCUCGAGUCGUGGUGUAAAGAGAAAAUCAACGGACAACCAAGGCAAAACAUCUCGUAAAAAGUCGGGUAAUGCUAGGACCGAAACGAUAUCAAAGCGACCUGAACAGAAGAUUAUUGACGCAGAUGAAGCUGCUGAUGAAGAAGAGAACAUGCAGUUUGAAGAUGAUGGGAUCGAAUUCGAAGAUUCCAAGAAAAAGAAGAGGAAUUCAACCAAAAGGAGCAAGAAGUCUACUGAGGAAGGAAAGGAAAACCGUAGAAAAAAGGUUGAAGAUAAAAAAGAAAAAGGUAAGAAAAUUGGAAAACAAGAGAAAAUUGACAAAGCGAAGGCUUGGAGACAAAGUACGUUGGCAAGAGCUGAUAUUAAUGAAAAUGAGAGUCAAAAUUAUGAGGAUUUCGAUGGGGUUGUUAACAUGCCUACUAAAUAUACAGAGGAUGGAAUGAAAGAAGAUUCCUGUGAUGAAACUAAUAAAGAAAUACUCGAUCUAGAUAAAGAUGAUAAGGAGAAUGGAGAUUUAACGAAGUAUGAAACUACCGUAGGUUCCACAAAAAUUUGUGGCCCUUCGAAAAGUAUCCACGUGUCAGCUGAUAUUGAAAUAGAUAUGGCAGAGCUUGUAUAUGAUCAAACUGUUGCUUUUGGAACACCAGCGCCGAAAGGAUCAACUGAUGAAGCUGACGAUAUGCAAAAUAUAUCUGAUUAUCUUUCAAAUAGUGAUUUUAAACCACACUUUCGAAGUGAAAAGCAGUUAUUUCGUGAGAGCGAGUUUCAUAAUAAACGUGAACCUGUUCCCCCUGCUCCAGCUACUGCGGAUCUAGAUUUACUGUUGGAUGACUCCCCUGGUAGAAAUGAAGAAGAUCGGUUGAUUGACGAUGACGAAAUGCUCGAUGUUGCGGAUUCAGAGACUACAGAGGAUCGAAUGUCAAGUUGUCAUUCCUCCGAGGUUGAUGUUCUUGGUUGUGCGGUUACCGAAGAGAUUCUAGAGAUGUCAAAUGACAUGUUCUUUGAUAAUGUUGAAAACGAUGUUGAUCAAGAAUGUGUGGGUGAUUUUAAUGAAGCAGACGAGGUCUCUGGACCUGCCGUGAAAUUAGAAGGCGAAAACAACGAGCUAGGCAAGGUUGCGUUCAACAAUGGCAAGAUUUAUACGGAAGAAGAUGAAGAUGGAGGACAUGUAGGGUGUGGUGAUAAUAAUAAAAAGAAAAUUUAUUCGGAAGUAAACACUCGAGACUUUGCAGAGAAGCUGUAUAGUAAUGCUGUAAGCGCAAAUGUUGAUUGCUAUAAAUCAGAUUUGGAAGACCUUGAUUUAUCAACAUCGUGUUUGUUUGGAGAUAGCCUGUGCUUUGAUGAAGAUGAAUUUCAAGACUGCCCAUCUCCUCCUGUUGUUGUUCAAAAACAGACCUUUAAGUCGGUAAGUGGUAAAGAAAAUACGGGGGGUGAGUACACGAUGCUAGCAGGGGUUUCUACAUCAACGAAGCUCGGUGAGAACUCAGAAAGGAAUGUUGAAGAUAAAAGUUCUACGGCAAUGCAUGAUCAUGACGACGUGGUCAGUACGGUAACGGAUGGCAAAUGUAUGAGUAUAGGGAAAAGACCUGAGAAUAAUGAGCUGGUUAGCAAUUCAGCUCCUUUUCAAGGAGAUUCUUUGCUUGAUUGUGAAUCAGACGAAAAUGACAUUUGUGACGAUUUCCCGAUCUUGUCGCUCGCUAGUCGUCUUCAAAAGAAGGGAGUAUUGGGUGUUGAGGGCGAAAGGACCAAACAUUAUCAUAUUGAUUCUAGAAAUAUAUCUCCUUUGUGUGAUACUGCUUUUGAACCAAAAAUCGGUACGUCGUCGUGUUCAAGGAACAGCUCCUCGUUAGCCAAAGUCAACGGAAAAAUUUCUGAGAGGAAAUGUAUAGAUUCUGUGAAAAGUGAUAAUGACUCCGAAGGUGACAGCGAAUUUCCAGUUGCCUCUCUAACCACUCGUCUCAAGAAUCGUGGUGUAAAUGUUUUACGUAAUGAAUCAGAAAACCAUAUCAGGGCAGACGACAACAAAGGUUUUAGUACAGCAUCGGUUUCAAAACGGCCGAGUGACAAUAUAGUUGGGUCGCCAAAUGCUAGUAUUGGAACUUUUAAUGCGGACUUCAAUCUUUUCUCGAUACCGACGCAAAAUUUAUAUGUUGAGAAGAAGAUUGUAGAUUUAGAAAGAGACGAAUCUCCUAUCAAGAAAAGUGAAGCUUCAAGAACAGGAAAGCAUGUGAUGUUCAGCUCACAGAACGAGUGUUUUUCGUUUAGGAAUGAAAAUAUUAGAGAGGAUAGGGCUGACAUGAACAUGUUAUCACAAGAUGAAACACCGGUAGCUCAUAGCAAACGGAGAAAACGCAGGGUUAUAUUAGACGAUUCGCCAGUACCAGGAAAAGAAAAUAUAGAGAAACAGGAUAGUGAAGAUUCUGAUGAAGAAGUUUGCAUUUUGCGAAGGAAAAGGAAGACGACAAAGAAUCGGGUUUUGAAGUCACCGUUAGCUCAAAAUGUCGACCAAACCUCUGAUGAAGAUUUCGACAACGAGUCUGCAGGUGAAGAGCCAUUGCAGCGUGGUCAUCGAGAUGGCAAAAUUAUUACGAAGAACGCCUCGAAGAAGAAGCACAAAGGUAUCUCUGACUUCUUUGAUGACGAAGUGGAAGUAACUGAUGACGAAAGUGGCGAUGAGUGUGACAUUGACUGCAAUGAAUACGUAAUGGAUAGUUUUAUUGAUGACGCGACACAGAUGACGCAAAGGACACCUAUGCGAAAUAAAAAAGGUGCACGCUCACCCGCCGACAUGGCAAUGGUUUAUAGGCAGUCUUUGUUCAGCCCUAUGUAUUCAGCACUAAACUUCGGCACGCCUGCUUUCAAAGCAAAUCGAAACAAAUACAAAAUGGUUGAAAGGGAUGAUUGGCAACACCCAAGUGACGAAAACGAUGAUGAGGCCGAGGAGGUAAAUUGUUUGAGCGAGGUUUGCUCCGAGUAUGAAGAAGACAUUUUUGAGGAAAAUAGUCACGUGAUAUCUGACGAUGCUGAUGUCAGUAAAUAUGACAAACGAAGCUCAAGUGAAGAUACUAAGCCAAGGAAGAAAUCACGUGUAAAAAGAAUCAUUGAUACUGAUGAUGAUGAUGAGGAUGAGGUUGCUAUUGACAAAGUGAUGAACGAUUCAGGUAACAAGGAAGUGUCUGCUGAGGCAAAGAAUAUUGAGAAUAUGGAACUAAAUGCUUCACAUUAUCGGCUAGUGGACGUAUCUUCCAAACUAGAUUUAGAAGAUUAUGGAGGAGUUUUGCCAGAGCUCCAAAAAGACUGUUUUCUACCUUGCUUUGAUCUUGGACUGGGGUUAAGUGCUAGAGAUUUUGAGCUGAUUUCUUGUCCUGACGAGCCAGUGAUAUCGGAGAGAAAACCUCAAUUACAAUCAAGAAUCGUCGAUACACCUGAUCUGCAAUCAAGAAGCAAUGGGAAGCCUGCUUUGCAAUCAAGAGCCAAUGGGAAGCCUGAUUUGCAUUCACGAGCAAAUUAUCAACAGGAGAAAACUGUCAAGGCUGUUGGUAGCCUAGAGAAAUCUAACGAAGAGAGACCAUGCAUUUUUGUUCACACCAAAACAGUUACAUCCAGUCAGAUCGGCUCACUCCUUCGAUUAAAGCACCAUAUUCAAGUCACUGUUUGCUCAAAGCUUGGCUGUGAUUUCGUCGUCAGUAAAAGAAUGGGUGUGCUGAGGAGACUGUUAUCAGAUAUCGCCCACAACGCUAAGAACGUAGAAGCCAUUAAAGAACUUUCCGAUAAUUACAGCAAACGUUGUAUUAUUAUUGAGAAAGAUCGCGUCAAAGGAGGAUCAGCCGGUGAAAAGCACGUGCCGUACAGUAGAAACUAUACUGGAUUGCUGGGAAAUCUCGCCGCUAGUCAAAUUAAAGUAUUGUUCAGUGAUUCUCAAGAGGAAACAGCUCUUCUUAUUUCAAAACUAACAAUGAUGGAAAAUGGAACAGAUUUUAGGCUUUUCUCUUCAACGAACAACCUGAGGAACGAUACCUUGGAACAGCUACUGAAAGUUCUGUUAACAGUUCCACACAUCGUGUAUCCACAGGCAAUAAGGAUUUGUAAUGAAUUUCAAAGUCUCAGCGCUUUGAUGAACAGCACAAUCGAAGAAAUUAAAAUUAAAAUUCCAGAAAUAUCCACCACACGCGCGAAGGACAUCAUAAAUUAUUUUCGUUAUAAUUCGAACUCAAUUUGAAAUUAAAAUUUACUUUUGAAUUUUUUUUAAUGAAAGUUAGUUGAUUUUUUAUAACGUUUUUGUUUCCUCUCACUUUCUAUUGCCAUCGGAAAUAGCCAUUGUUGCUCAGCUGACCAGAAAACCAAAAGGCAUAACGAGCUGACAUUGCUACCCCCUGGAACCCGGACCCCGAGAGGUGAAAUAUCGAUAUCUAGACUCCUCCGUAUUAAAAUACAUGUAAUAAGCAAAACAUAUUGAUGUGUUUAUAGUGUUUGAUAAAAGUUUGCGCUGGAUUUUUUCAUUUAAACAAAUCUAGAUCUUUGAGCAUUGUACAAAGUAAAUCAAAAGAAGGGGACAAUGAAUGAUGAGAGAAAAUUUAGAUGAUAGCAGGGCCAUAAAUUUGU